GACGAAACUUUUUUCUUUUUCCCAAAAUACGUUCACGAUUCUGCACACGCAAUGGACGACACCAUUGCCGAGAAGAUCAAAUGCACGCUUUCGAAAACGGACUGGAAGGUUUCACGACUGGAGCGCAUCGCUGGUGGCAAUGCAAAUUUCACCUAUAGAGGCUACCUUGAAUCCGGGAACGGGACAAUCGUCAUAAAGCACAGCGAGCCUUUUGCGGCCUUGAACGCCGACUAUCAACUCGACGUAGGACGCUCAGACUACGAAUGGUUCAUGCUAUCCACCCUGUCCCCAAAGCCCCCCGCAAGAACCGACAGCUUCCUGGUUCGGUCGCCAAAGGCUCUCGGGUCGUUUGAGCACACGAAGCUUAUUGAAGACCUGCCAAAUUCGACAACCGUGAAAGCGUAUCUCUCCAAGUACGGAGCUGACCUCCAGAGCGAGGUUGCGUCCGAGCUUGGGACUGCCAUAGGAAGAUGGCUUUCCUGGUUCCACGGCUGGAUUGACGGAGACGACGAGGAAGCCGUGGCUGUGCGCAACAAGAUUCAACACAACCCCAUGGCGGGACCGCGUGAGUAUCUCUACAUUGGUAGCUACCGAGAUAGCAUGGCCCAGUUCCCUACCGAGGUCGACUGGCCGUCUGACGAGCAAAUGGGGCGGAUUGAAAAGGCUGUCAGGGCCAUGUACCAACGCCGUGAAGGUGGCAUACACGGAGACUUUUGGACAGGCAACAUGAUCCUCCCCGACAGAGCUCCUGCAAAAGAGAAUCGAAGCCGAGAAGGGGAGGUUGACAAGAUCUUCAUCCUCGACUUCGAGGUUUCCCAGCUAGGUUCCCGUUCUCAAGACCUUGCCCAGUGUCUCGCUGAGCUCUGGAUGGUGUAUCAUUUUUACGAGGCGCAAGCGCCUCUGCACGUCAUGCGCGGAUUCAUCUCUGGCUACGCUGCUGGGCAGGACGAGCAGUUUGCAUUGCAGAUUGCAAUGCACUUUGGAAUACACAUCGUGGUCAUCUCAUGGAGGUAUGGAUGGCCAAAGGGGGAUAAGCUCGUCGAGUGUGUCAGAUUUGGAAAUAGCUGCUUGGUGAAGGGAUUUGAAGGCGACGUGGACUGGUUCAAGGCCACUUCCCUUCGGUUUCUAUUUUCGUCGUAGGGCUCGGCAGCGAAGUUCGUAGUAGUAUGGCACCGUGUCAUUGGUGAGGUUGACUCAGGCAAAACUUUAGACCUUUUUCAUGAUAAAAGCUAUUGCACGCGGCAUCAGCCGAAUGAUUGCAGCCAUGAGAAAUGCAAUAACAGCACACUCGCUUUUAGGGUAUCCUGAUAAAGAGCUGCGACAUGUUACACAAA